UGGUUUGAACUCAGUUUGGAACUGUCCGUGUAACAGGACGGCGGCUUUAGUGAAAUCAAAUUAAAAGUGUAUAUUGAAGUGAUUUACAAUUGUUAUAUCGGAGUGAGAAAUUUCAUAUAACCGUUCAUAUAGUGAAGAGGACUAAGAUCUGAAAGGAUAUAAGAAACAAAUUACAAAAUGUCCAUUGAAACUGUGAAGGAAACGCUUAAUCAAGCGGGAGGCGCGACUGGAUUUAGUCCAAUAAUAACUGCGCUUAUUGGUACAGCGGUUGUGAUCGCACUUUAUGAAUACUGGCAUCGCAAUACACGUGAAUACAAGAUGACCAAGAAUAUACCAACUCCACCAGAAUUGCCUCUCGUUGGCAAUGCUCACUUGGUAUAUGGCUUGUCUAAUGCGGAGAUUAUGAAGCGUGGUAUUGUCUAUAUCAAUAAAUACGGUGAAACUUUAAGAGCUUGGUUGGGUAAUGUUUUGCUUAUUCUCCUAACCAAUCCUGCCGAUAUUGAAAUCAUACUCAGUACAAAUAAUCAUUUAACAAAAGCCGAAGAAUAUCGUUACUUUAAACCUUGGUUCGGAGAUGGUCUUUUGAUCAGCAAAGGUGACCAUUGGCGUCAUCAUCGCAAAAUGAUUGCUCCAACCUUCCAUCAAAGUAUCCUAAAGAGCUUUGUACCUACAUUUGUGCAACACUCACAGGCUGUGGUGGAUCGUAUGCGUAAAGAAGUUGGAAAAUCUUUUGAUGUGCAUGAUUAUAUGUCCCAAACUACUGUGGAGAUUUUGUUGACUACAGCUAUGGGUGUGAAAAAAAUACCAGAAGGCAAUAAGAGUUUCGAAUACGCACAAGCCGUUGUGGAUAUGUGCGACAUUAUACACAAACGUCAAGUCAAAUUGUUCUAUCGUUUAGAUGCGAUUUAUAAUUUCACCAAAUUGCGUGAGAAAGGUGAUAAGAUGAUGAAUAUCAUUUUAGGAAUGACUAAACGUGUUGUUAGUGAUCGUAAGCAGAACUUUAGUGCCGAAAAUCGCGCAAUUAUUGAAGAAGUUGAUGAUGUAUCUAAGCAAAAGGCACUCAACAAAAACGAAGGACUUCGUGACGAUUUGGAUGACAUCGAUGAAAAUGAUGUUGGUGCCAAACGUCGUUUGGCUUUGUUAGAUGCCAUGGUUGAAAUGGCAAAGAAUCCUGAAAUUGAAUGGAACGAAAAGGACAUUAUGGAUGAAGUGAAUACUAUUAUGUUCGAAGGUCAUGACACUACCUCCGCUGGAUCUAGUUUUGCACUCUGUAUGCUCGGCAUACACAAGGACAUACAAGAGAAAGUCUACGCAGAACAGAAGGCUAUUUUUGGUGAUAACAUGCUACGCGAUUGCACGUUUGCUGACACAAUGGAAAUGAAAUACUUAGAACGUGUUAUAAUGGAAACUUUGCGUAUGUAUCCACCAGUACCAUUAAUUGCCAGACGUCUGGACACUGACAUUAAAUUAGCAUCUGGUCCAUAUACUGUACCGAAGGGCACUACUGUAAUUGUGUUGCAAUACUGGGUGCAUCGUCGUGCUGAUAUCUAUCCGAACCCAGAUAAAUUUGACCCCGACAAUUUCUUACCUGAACGUGCUGCUAAUCGACAUUACUACAGCUUCAUACCAUUCAGCGCUGGUCCUAGAAGUUGUGUAGGUCGCAAAUACGCCAUGUUGAAGCUAAAGGUGUUGCUAUCCACUAUUAUCCGUAACUAUAAAAUACACUCGAACGAGAAGGAGUCAGACUUCAAGCUACAGGCUGAUAUUAUUUUGAAGUUGGAAAACGGUUUCAAUAUCAUUUUGGAACCACGCACACACGCCGUCCUGACUAAACUGAAUGGUGCUAUUGCAACAAUGGAGAGGUUAAAUCAAAGCUAUAGUCAAGAUUUGCCAACAACUAAUCAAAUGAGUUUAUUGUUGCCUAUUUAUGUCACAUCUGUUGCAGUGCUCCUAAUAAUUUUACUCUAUGAACUAUGGUUUCGAAAUUGUCGCGCCUAUAAAUUAUUGGCAAAUAUGCCAACAGCACCGAGGUUGCCACUAAUUGGUCAUGCACAUCACAUUAUUGGACUCAGCAGUAGUGAAACCAUGCGUACUUGUUUGGCUUUCUAUCGUAAAUAUGGUGACACAGGAUGGGCUAUUAGUGUACAUCGAUUUGUAGCAUUCAUUGCCAAUCCAGUCGAUGUUGAAAUAAUUCUUAGUAGUUCAGAACACUUGGAAAAGUCUGAAGAAUAUCGCUUUUUCAAACCGUGGUUUGGUGAUGGUUUAUUAAUUAGUAAGGGUGCUCACUGGCAACAUCAUCGUAAAAUGAUAGCGCCAACAUUCCACCAAAGUAUACUGAAAAGUUUUGUGCCCAAAUUUGUAGAAUAUUCCGAAAAUGUGGUACAGGAAUUUGCAAAACUUACUGGUAAGGAGAUAGACGUUCAUGAACAUAUGAGUCAAGUAACAGUGGAAAUCUUACUGAGUACGGUUAUGGGUAUUAAAAAUUUGCCGAGUGGAAGUGAAUGCGCCAAGUAUGCAAAGGCUGUGAUCGAUAUGUGUGAUAUAAUCCAUAAACGACAAACUCAAAUAAAUUAUCAUUUCGAUAUAUUUUUUAAACUGACAAAACUUAAUACAAAACUCAAUGAAUUGCUAUCAAGUAUACUCGCACUCACACAACGAGUUAUUACCGAACGUAUCAAGAAUUUCAAUGUGGAAUCUGAUGGAAUUUUCGACACAAAGGAUGCAAAUAAAAGUGGAGAAAGAAAACAGGAUGGUUUUCGAGACGAUUUAGACGAAAUUGAUGAGAAUGAUGUUGGUGCAAAACGGCGUUUGGCGUUAUUGGAUGCGAUGCUUGAAAUGUCAAAAAAUCCGAGUAAUGAAUGGACCGAAAAGGAUAUUACUGAUGAAGUGAAUACUUUAAUGUUUGAGGGUCAUGACACAACUUCCGCUGGAUCUAGUUUCUUACUAUGUCUUUUGGGUAUACACAAGGAUGUACAGGAUAAAGUAUAUGAGGAACAAAAGGCUAUUUUUGGCACAGAUAUGAAUCGUCCAUGUACAUAUGCAGAUACAGUAGAUAUGCACUAUUUGGAACGAGUUAUAAAAGAAACUAUGCGUCUCUACCCACCCGUUCCUCUAAUUGCACGUAAAAUUAAUGCCGAUGUAAAGUUGGCUUCCGGACCAUACACUAUACCUAAAGAUACGACAGUAAUUGUAGGGCCAUAUGUAGUUCAUCGAAAUACCAAUAUAUAUAAGGAACCAGAAAAAUUUAAUCCAGACAAUUUUCUACCUGAAGAAGUUUCCAAGAGACAUUACUACAGCUAUAUACCAUUCAGUGCUGGGCCCAGAAGUUGCGUGGGACGGAAAUAUGCAAUGCUAAUGCUUAAGGUGCUAAUUUCUACAUUAAUCCGGAAAUAUUCGGUACAUUCGAAUAUCACUGAGUCCGAAUUCGAGUUGCAAGGUGAUAUUAUAUUAAAAUUGACGAAGGGCUUUAAUGUUAUAUUUACCCUUCGUACAUAAGCAGUCCUAAUAAAAAUGACAUAAUUUGCAUAUGACUUGCAUUGAUCAAGAAAA